AGAAUGUGCUUUCAGCCCCUCCUUCCUCAAAGGAUAGAACCAGUUGAAAUUAUUGUCAUUUUCUGCAGACAUGAAUAAUGCACUUAUCCUGCAAACAGGCAGGUUUCUCUAACAGAAGUUGAAGGGCAAAGAGGUUGGGAAUGUGGGCUCUAAGUGCAAUUGGGGUAAAGAUAUGAGAAAUGGAAGCAUGAAUAUAUCCUGGAAGAUAGGAUAAGAUUAAAAAAUAAAAAAGAAGAAGAAAGAGGAAGGCAAAAGAUCGUAAAGAUUCUUUGUCUUUUUUCUUAUGGAAUUAAUGAAAUUAAAUUCAAGCAGUGGAGCUAAAUGAGCAUUUUCCAAAGAGAAAGAAAAUGUUUUAUAAUAUAGCAGGAGGAGUGUCUCUGAGAAUGGUCUUGUCUUGUCAAUAUCUUCUGCGCUCUGAGCAGGACUCCAUGCCCAGGAACUGCAGAUGCCCAACAGCAGCUCCAUCAGCGAGUUCCUCCUCCUGGCAUUCGCAGACACGCGGCAGCUGCAGCUCCUGCACUUCUGGCUCUUGCUGGGCAUCUACCUGGCUGCCCUCCUGGGCAACAGCCUCAUCAGCACAGCCGUAGCCUGCGACCCCCGCCUGCACACCCCCAUGUACUUCUUCCUCCUCAACCUCGCCCUCCUCGACCUGGGCUGCAUCUCCACCACUGUCCCCAAAGCCAUGGCCAAUGCCCUCUGGGACACCAGGCACAUCUCCUACACUGCAUGUGCUGCACAGCUCUUCUUCUUUUUGUUUUUAUUUUCAGCAGAGUAUUCCAUUCUCACCAUCAUGUCCUAUGACCGCUACGUUGCCAUCUGCAAGCCACUUCACUACGGGACCUUGAUGGACAGCAGAGCUUGUGCCACCAUGGCAGCAGCUGCCUGGGGCACUGCGGUUCUCUAUUCCCUGCUGCACACUGCCAACACAUUUUCACUGCCUCUGUGCAAGGGCAAUGCUCUGAACCAGUUUUUCUGUGAUCUCCCCCAGAUCCUCAAGCUCUCCUGCUCAAAAUCCUAUCUCAGGGAAGCUGGGCUUAUUGUGGUUAGUAUCCUUGUCUUAUUUGGGUGCUUUGUUUCCAUUGUUGUGUCGUAUGUGCAGAUCUUCAGGGCAGUGCUGAGGAUGCCCUCUGAGCAGGGACGGCAUAAAGCUUUCUCCACGUGCCUCCCUCACCUGACUGUGGUCUCCCUGUUUCUCAGCACUAUCAUUUUUGCUUGUCUGAAGCCUUCCUCCAUCUCCACCCCAUCCCUGGACCUGGUGGUGGCAGUUCUGUACUCGGUGGUGCCCCCAGCAGUGAAUCCCUUCAUCUACAGCAUGAGGAACCAGGAGCUCAAGGAUGCAGUGAGGAAAAUGAUGCCCUGGACAAUUUUCAGCAGUGAUAAAAUUCUCAUCUCUCUUUACUAAUGACUCAUAAUCUAUUAUCUUCUUUUAUACUUGUGUUACAGAUUUAUUUAUGUUAAUUAAUACAUUCCUUUUGCUGUUUUACAUUUAUACGUAUAUGCUGCAUUGUAUAUAUAUAUGAAUAUAUUUAAACUUGUUAUUAGUUAUUAUUGUGCUCCUAAACAUGUGUUUUCUUCCAUGUCCUCUGAGGCAUUACCCUGCUCUCUUUCUCCAGGAGCCUGUAUGAAUUCAGGGUCAGUGCUGAUGCUCUCACAGCCACCGCAUUGGUCAGAUCUCACAUCUGCAAAUGAGAUGCCAGCAGACUCUGUGGAGGCUGUGGGGAUGCAGCAGGCAUGGGGGAGGGGGACUGGAAAAGGAUUAAUGUCAACCUUAUUCAUGCCUGUAUACUGUUGGUGCCUUUAGAGAGCUCCAUUGUCAUUCCAAGCAUUUUGCAUCCACAGAAUUCCAGGAAAGGGCUUAGCAGCUCUCACGUCUGACCAUCUGGAUGUGCUUCCCACCCUGACCAUCACAGCCAGCGCAGAGACACCCAUCAAUGGCCAAACAGACCAUGGGAGGGAUGGGGUCUGAUGGGAGUUGAUCUGGGCAUGACUUUUCCCUGUAGAGGCAAGCAUAACCAGGAGCUCUAGGACUGUGCUGCUAUUCCUCAGUCCCUGUUCCCAGCACAUGUCCUUGAGACACUCUCUCAUCCCUUAUGCUGGCCAUCAGCCCAAAGAUAAUCCUUAGACAGACUUGUGGCUGCUGGGUGGCAACUGGAGCAUCAUGAUCCGGUUGUGAGUGUGGGCAGAAUGAGCCCUUUGCUGGGUACUUUGCAGGGCUGUAGCCUCUGGGAGCCCACGAAAGCUAGGAGUAGGCAGAGGAGAUUCCAAGCCUUUGUUGACUCAUGCUCAUGGGGCCCUUAAGCAGAGUGGCUUGUGGCAAAGAUA